AUGCUAAAGGAUAGUAAGAAGUUCAUAGUAGGGAACGUUGAUGAAACCACAGAAGAGGAGCAAAAGAUUAAUCGUCGGUUAACACAAUUAAAAAGAGAUAAAAAGACCACAGCAAAAGAAUAUGAUAAAUUAUUUAUAUCAGGAAGUUCAAUAACAAUGAUAUAUUGCACAGUAAAAGUUCACAAACAAAAUUAUUCUCUUAGACCUAUAAUAUCAAUAUGUAAUGCACCAAAUUAUAAAAUAGCAGCACAUCUAGCUUCAAUGAUAAAACAAUGUAAUGAUCAAUUAUCAUCGUAUGUAAAAGAUAGUUUUGAAUUCGUUAAAAUGUUACAGAACAAUAUAGUUGGUAGUAAUGAAAUAAUGUUAUCAUUCGAUGUGGAAUCAUUAUAUCCUAAUGUAUCUGUGACGGAAGCGAUUGAUAUUGCGGUAAAGAUGUUAUGGGGAACAAACAAAACAAUGAAAUUUAUGAAGUUAACUAAAUCAGAAACAUAUAUAUUAUUGUUUAAUCUAGCACUACGUAAUUUACAAUUCAGAUUAUAUAAUGAGUAUUACAGACAAAAAGAAGGUGUUGCUAUGGGUAGCCUUCUUGCUCCCAUUUUGGCAGAUAUUUUUAUGAAUAAUUUAGAAAAAAAAACAUAUAGAACCACUGACAUCAUCAAAAAUUAUAAUAUGGAUUAG